AUGGCAUCGAAGAAGGACAUGCGCCGGCCAGACCUGGUGGUGCCCUACCAGGAGCCCGGCUCCAAGGGCGGCGACAGCGCCGAGUUCUCGUCGACUCUUUCCUCUACGCUGCCUAUGGCCGCCAUCUUCACGCGCAAUCGGUACAUCGGCUGGGCCUCCGUCGUCAUCAGCGUGCAGAACUGGCUCGGCGAGGGCGAGGACGCCGCCCGCAACAGCAGCACCGGCACCCCGGGCUACUUUACCGUCGGCAUGUCGCUAAUGGCUCUCGCCGUAACCUACCUCCCCAUGUUCCUCCCUCCCCCGCCGAACUCGCGCGGUGCCACCGGCACCCAGCCUCCAGCUCCCGUAGCUCCCGCUGCCGCAUAG